UAUUACUAUUCAGUUAAAGUUACAGUGAUGUCAUUGUCUUAUGAGACUAAAACUGUUUAGUAAAUGUGUAAGUCACAAGCUGCGAUUAAUUUAGAUUAAUUUAGUCUUAGAGCACGGGUUGAGAAACAUUAUUAUAUAUAGAAAGUAAACUUUGAAGAAAGAUUAUAAUCAAUAAUUAAAUUAACACUUGUUUCUGAAGCUAAAAGUUGGAAGUAGCAAAACAUGCGCCGAUGGAGUGUCACCAGAGAAUGCUGACCAUACCCUUUUAAGCUGCAUAAUUUUUUUUAAGAGGCCCAAACUGGCACCCCUAACACCCCUUUAGAAGAACAAACUGUAUGGAGAGCUGCCUGAUUUGGAAAGAACUGCACAGUUCAUCUCAGAUAUAGGACUAGUUAUUUGUACCCCCCAGCAUGAUAAUAAGAAGACAGAAGAAGAAAAAGAAGACUUUGAUUUCAAAGUUAGAUUUUAAAAGAUUGAAAAUUGAAUCAAAUUGUUUGAAAUAAACUUUGUAAUUUACAUAUUAACAUAUCAGUAAAUCUAGUUUUUUUUAAAUACAUCAAUUAACAGAAUUAUGACAGAGUUGCUAAUGAAGCUUUUCUUUCUAUGUUACAGUUGUUCCUUUACAAAAAAAAAAAUAUCAAUCCGAGGACAAACCUUCAAGUCAGGGGAUGAUGGUGAAUUCAUUGAAAUCAGUGAAACGAUAAGACAUUGUGAUGCCAAUGAAAGUACAUAUCCCAGAAAUGACAGAUAAUAAGCAGCUUUGUCCAGAAAUGAAAGAUGCUUCAGAAAAACAAAAAAAUCUUCAAUUUAUAAUAAUUGAUGGCAGUCUAUUUAAAUGUGCCAUAUGUGAUAAGAAAUUCUCCCGUAAAGCCCAUUUGAAAGAUCAUUUCCUCGUUCACUCUGGGGAAAAGCCCUUUCUUUGUCAUAUCUGCUCUAAAGGAUUUGCCUUAAAAGGCAAUUUAAUAAGUCAUAUAAAGGUUCAUACUGGGACAAAGCCGUACAAAUGUCAGGCUUGUGACAAAGAAUUUUUUCGAAACUCUCAUUUAAAAAUUCACAUGUCUGUUCACACAAGAGAAAAGCCAUUUACUUGUAGCAUAUGUGAAAAGGUGUUUUCUCAAAAGACAAGCUUAAAAAGUCAUUUUUUAAUUCAUACAGGUGAAAAACUAUAUCAGUGUCACAUUUGUUACAAAAGUUUUAUACAGAGCUCACAGCUUAGAAGCCACACAUUAGUUCAUACUCAAGAAAAACAGUUUAAAUGUCAUCUAUGCAAUAAAGCCUUCUCUGAAAGGAAACGCAUCAAAGCUCACUUGUUGGUACACAGUGGGGAGAAACCCUUUCAGUGUUCAAUAUGUAACAAAUGGUUUGCUCUUAAACAAAAUUUAAGAAGUCACUUGUCAGUUCAUGAGGGCAAAAAGCCCUUCCAUUGUCAAAUCUGCAGUAAAGGCUUUUCUAGAAAAACUCAUUUAAAAAUUCACAUGUCGGUUCACAGUAGGGAAAAGCCAUUCCAAUGUGACAUCUGUCACCAAGGAUUCGCCCAGAAGAAUAAUUUAAUGUGUCACGUCCUGGUACACACAGGAGAAAGACCAUUUCACUGUCACCUCUGUGAUCAAAGUUUUAAUCAGAAAAUAAACUUGAAAAGUCAUAUACAGACUCAUGGUAAAUGAUUAUAGUAUAUCAUUUGUGAGGCUUUAAAAUGUUUAAAAAAAAAUGUGUGAAUUAUGAUUCAGAGUGAUUUUUUUUAGUCAAUGUCAAAAACAAACAUGGAAGAAUUUGAAACAAAUAAGCUGGAAAAAACAACAGAAAUGAACAAGCAAUGUGGCACGGCUACCAGUUUAAAAAAUCUAAAUUGUUCACUUAUGGAACUAAACCUUUUAUGUUGCAGAUGUCAAAUUUAUCAUGUUUUAAAAAAUGGAAUUAUCUGUCAUAAGAUGUAUCGAUUCUUCUUUUACAUUCUGUUUUUCACAAAAUAGUGAGCUGGAGAAAUUGACAGGAGAAUAUUGGGAAAAAAUAUCAGGCUAUCAGAAUGCAAAACGUGUAAAAAGAGCAAUUGCAUUGAAUGUAUCAGUUUGAUGUUAUUGUUUGAAAAUGUUUUAAGAAAGCAUGUCUUCUGUCAUGUAAAGUGUUCAGAUUGAGUGAUUCCAUUUAAGAAAUAAUUAGGUUGUCUUUUUUUUUUAACCUUCUUGUUGUCAUCAGAAAUAACUUGGCAUUGUGAUAACAUACCAAACAAAACAAAAUUUGUGGCAUAUUCAUAAUGGACUGCUGGAUUUUUUGACCUGUUUUGUUUUAAAUAUUUGUAGAACAUAUAAAAAUGAUGUGUUACUCUUUGGAUUAGUUUUAUUUUGAAAAGUUGCUUGUGAUGACAUUACUAAUACUGUAAUCAUUUAAAAAGAAAUAAAAUAGUAAAACUUGGAGUGUCACAACUACCUGAUUUAUUUAAGGCUAAAUCUGUAGUAAUAAAUUGUAAUCUUAAUUUAAGUAGUUGAAUAUUGAUGGCAGAUUUUGUACACAUAUUUUGCAAGAUAUUAUUUAAUAAAUCAUCAUGACUUUAAAAAUGAACUACAAUGUACCAGUACUCUGUUUGAAAAGCCAUGAUGGUACGAUUAUUUAUUUGCAUUUAAAUAUUUAUAUUUCUUUUGUUACUUGUAAAAAAAAAAGCAAAAAGAACAAUUUUAAAGAAGGUAACAACUUCAAGAGUUGUGAUGGAAAAGGAUGAAAUUAACAAUGAACCAUCUUUAUAGUCUAGCUUCUACAAGUGAAAAUCUUAUUUCCUAGCACAUUUUUCAGCCAUCAUGCAGUAGAAAAACCUGGGAUGUAAUGGACUAUAUUAGUGUGCCAAUAAGCACAAUUAUUCAUCUUUGUUCUAAGCUGUUCUGCGAAUACUGAAUAGAAAGUACAUUUGAAUUUGUGGGUCUCAAGUGUUCAGUCAUUUAAUAACAUAUGUAUUUAUGUUGUGUGAUUAAGAAGGAUUAAAUGUAGACAUUUUCAAAAGUAGAAUUGUGUGAAGAAAACAAAUCACAUUUACACAGCAAUAGAAAUUAUUUUCUUUUAUUGUUAUGAUAAAAAGAAAUGGAACAAAAAAACAA